CUCUAAAGACACUGUCACUGGCAUUGAGCCAACAUGGCUACCUUUCGGCGUAAACAACAACAGCAUCAAGUAAACGGGGUUUGAGUGUAGGCCUAUUACCUCGCAUAUGGUCCGUCUCUUGGAUUUCGCAAAUAAUAUGCAACUAGAAAUAGUUAUGUAACCUACAACGAUGUGCCGAAGGUGUUUCUAAUUAUUGUCCUUCAGACAACUCAUCAUCCUCCUCUCCGCUGGGUAGCUCAAUAGCCAUGUCAUCGCAUCAGCCCACCAGUUCAGCCUCCAACAGUCCCACCAGCACCUUUGGCUCGCCUUUCUCAGUCAUCAGCCCCUCCCUGGGCUCCCCUGGUGUGGCACCCUCCAUGGGUUAUGGACCUAUUAGCAGUAGCCAGAUCAACUCUACAAUGGGGAUGCACUCAAUCAGCAGCUCGGAUGAUGUCAAACCCCCGUUUGGCUUGAGGCCUAUGUCUGCACACAGCCCUGGGAUAAUGCUCUCCCAGAAACGCAUGUGUGCCAUCUGUGGAGACCGCUCCUCUGGUAAGCACUAUGGUGUGUACAGCUGUGAAGGUUGCAAGGGCUUCUUCAAACGCACAGUGCGCAAGGACCUGAGCUACACCUGCAGGGAUAACAAAGAAUGCCUGGUGGACAAGCGCCAGCGCAAUCGCUGCCAGUACUGUCGCUACCAGAAGUGUCUGGCUAUGGGCAUGAAGAGGGAAGUGGUCCAAGAUGAACGUCAGAAAUCAGUCCAGGAGGAGCGUCAGAGGAUCAGGGAGCGAGAGGAGGGACUGGAGUGCAGCAGUGCUGUGAACGAGGAGAUGCCCGUGGAGAAGAUCUUGGAGGCAGAGACGUCCGUGGAGCAGAGGGCGGAGCUCCACUCUGAUGCAGGCUCCGCUGGCAGCUCUCCCCAUGAUGCGGUGACAAACAUCUGCCAGACUGCAGACAAGCAGCUGUUUGCGUUGGUGGAGUGGGCCAAGAGGAUCCCCCACUUCUCUGAGCUACCCCUGGACGACCAGGUCAUCCUCCUGCGUGCAGGGUGGAAUGAACUUCUGAUCGCCUCCUUCUCCCACCGCUCCAUCGCUGUGAAGGACGGGGUCCUGCUGGCCAAUGAGCUACACCGGGACAACGCACACAGUGCAGGGGUGGCGGCCAUCUUUGACAGGGAGAGUGUGCAGAGUGCUGAGGUGGGAGCCAUAUUUGACCGGGUUCUCACUGAACUGGUCAGUAAGAUGAGAGACAUGCAGAUGGACAAGACAGAGCUGGGCUGCCUCCGAGCCAUCGUCCUCUUCAACCCAGACGCUAAAGGUCUGUCCAACACCGGAGAGGUGGAGCUCCUGAGAGAGAAGGUCUAUGCGUCACUGGAAGCCUACUGCAAGCAGAAAUACCCAGAGCAGCAGGGAAGGUUCGCUAAGCUCCUCCUCAGGCUGCCAGCACUGCGUUCUAUUGGCUUGAAGUGUUUGGAGCACCUGUUCUUCUUCAAGCUGAUUGGUGACACCCCUAUCGACACGUUCCUCAUGGAAAUGCUUGAAGCACCUCAUCAGUUGGCAUAGAGGUGGUAGGAGAGGAGAGGUGUUCUGUGGCCGGGGUUAGAUAGCUUGGGUCUGGGAAUUUGCUGGAGUGGGACUGCACUUUUAGUUCUUUGGGGAAUUCAGCAUUUUGUCUCACUGCUGUCUGGGUUAUGCUAUUUAGUUCACCACCACAUUGUCUCUUUCAGAACAUACAUCCCCAAGACUUGUGAUCUACAGGCUGGUGCUAUAUAUUAAUAUAACUUCUUGAAUAACUGAGAUUUAAAAAAUAAAUAAAAUAAAAAA